GCGCGAGAAAGGGCCGGGUCGCGCCGAGGCUCCAGCGGCCUUCGCCAUUUUGUAGCGUUCUCUCUGACGCGAGAGCCGCUGCCACCGCCGCCGCUACUCGGAGGCUCUUGUCAGGAUGGUGAAGCUGUUCAUUGGAAACCUGCCCCGAGAGGCCACAGAGCAGGAGAUACGCUCACUUUUCGAGCAGUAUGGCAAGGUGCUGGAAUGUGACAUCAUUAAGAACUACGGCUUCGUGCACAUAGAGGAUAAGACCGCGGCAGAGGAUGCCAUUCGCAACCUGCACCACUACAAGCUGCACGGGGUGAACAUCAAUGUGGAAGCCAGCAAGAAUAAGAGCAAAGCUUCAACCAAGUUACAUGUGGGCAACAUCAGUCCCACCUGUACCAACCAAGAGCUUCGAGCCAAGUUUGAGGAGUAUGGUCCAGUCAUCGAAUGUGACAUCGUGAAAGAUUAUGCCUUCGUACACAUGGAGCGGGCAGAGGAUGCGGUGGAGGCCAUCAGGGGCCUUGACAACACAGAGUUUCAAGGCAAACGAAUGCACGUGCAAUUGUCCACCAGCCGCCUUCGGACUGCCCCUGGGAUGGGAGACCAGAGCGGCUGCUAUCGGUGCGGGAAAGAGGGGCACUGGUCCAAAGAGUGCCCAGUAGAUCGUACAGGUCGUGUGGCAGACUUUACUGAGCAAUAUAAUGAACAAUAUGGAGCAGUGCGCACGCCUUACACCGUGGGCUACGGGGAAUCCGUGUAUUACAACGAUGCAUAUGGAGCACUGGACUAUUAUAAGCGUUACCGGGUCCGCUCGUAUGAGGCAGUGGCAGCAGCAGCAGCAGCUUCUGCGUACAACUACGCAGAGCAGAACAUGUCCCAUUUGCCGCAAGUCCAGAACACAGCUGUUAACAGUCACCUCAAUUCCACUUCUGUUGAUCCCUACGACAGACACCUGUUGCCGAACUCAGGUCCUAUGGCUGCUGCCACCACUUCCUCCUAUUAUGGAAGGGACAGGAGCCCCCUUCGACGUGCUGCACCUGUGCUCCCCACAGUUGGAGAGGGCUACGGUUAUGGGCCAGAGAGUGAGCUGUCUCAGGCUUCAGCAGCUGCACGGAAUUCUCUAUAUGACAUGGCCCGGUAUGAGCGGGAGCAGUAUGUGGACCGAGCACGGUACUCAGCCUUUUAAAAACUGGAGGUGAGAGUGGGGUAGGUGCAGUUAAGAGACUCCAUUUAGUUUCCUUAAAAGAGACCCAUGCUGCAUAGGGGAAGCUAAAGCCACCUUUUGUUGUCAGUACAGUAGUAUCCAAGGGAUAAAAAUUACAUGUUAGUCUUAAAUAUUUCUCUACCUUAAGUCAGGUUCUUUUGGCCUUUUGAGGUUUUAGUGUAUGACUCCAUCUUUUUCCUUCUGAGAGAACUCCUUUUGUUAGUGAAAUUACAGUUCUUUAAUCAGGUGUGAGCAGAUCUGGAUUAUAGAAACAUAGUUAAGAGAACUAACAUUUGUUGAGUGAUCUCUGUGUUAUUAUUUAAUCUACACACAGAGAUAUGUGUAAGCCUUUAGGAUAUGUUCUCUUUUUACAGAGAAGGGAACUAAACCUCAGAGAGGUUAAGUACUUCGCCUGUAGUCAUCUGGUAAUUGAGAAAUAGAGCCAGAAUUCAAAGUCAGGUCUGGCGGACUCCUAAACCCAUUCUUUUUCCACUAAAGUCACUGUGGAACUUUAAGAUGAAGCAUACAGGUUCAGGAGUUAAUGACCAUCAGGGUGAGAACUUUAACUUUAGACUUCCAGUUGGCUAAUGAAACUACUACUUUGUAAGAUGCUUGAAAACAAUGUUUUGAUGCCACUGUCCCAUGAAGUCCUUUCCUAAUUAGUAAUCCAGAGCAUCCUGUUCUACAUGGGAACGAAAGCCAUGUAUAGCCAGUGAUGCUAUCGUGUAGUCUGAUGCUUCCCGUUUUUCCCAGCAAUCUUUGUUUUUUGUUUGAAAGGAACUAGAUAAACCAGGUAAUUUUUUGAUGUGUAUAAGGUCCCAUUGGUGGUGACCCUGGAAAUUUAAUUUUUCCUACAUCAGAAAAUGUAUACCAAAGAUGUUAGAAUGGCAAGAAUAACAGAGUAUCUAGAGAUUGAUAAAUUUCUUCAUCCAACUGGACAUGGUAUCAUGACAGCUUUCUAUUCUCGUGGUUUUCCUUGUACCUUGAAAUUGAGAAUCACUUGAAUGGGAGUCCUAGUAGCAAGGAUAAGCUUAGUUACCACUGAGUUUCCAGGGUUCCUUUGGUAUAUGUUUAGAAGAAAACAGAGCAGUAGGUAUUUGUCCUUUUCAUAGAAGCAGGUAAAGCAUGAACUUGUGGCAGGUGAUAUCCUGUGUGGCCAUUGACAAGACCGGGAUUUCCUGAGACCGUUGUGUAGCAGAGUAUGUCCAUGUGCAUGAAUGGAUAACCUUACUGCUUAACUAGUUGCCAUUGAUUUUUACUUUUAAAGUAGCUGAAUCUGCUGUGAAGUGGGAUAUGCCUCUAAAGUAAGGUGGGAUCAUCCAUCAGAAAACUUCUGUUUCUCAACUAUGUUUCACAGUUAAAUAUUAAAUUAGUGUACGUCAUCUUUAAAGGGUAUUGCAUAGGUAUUUUAAAGUGACUUGACUAUAAGCAGUGGUUGUUCAACUAACCUUUUAGUGAUGACUUUUAAAGAAACUUACCUUCCAGGUGUGAACCUCAAACGGACUGAAUAACCCUGAGUUGGUUGCAGUCCCAGGAGCCUGAUGUUAAUGAGGCUGCCAGGAUGAAAUACUCCAGAACUGUUGGGGAAUCCAAAUACGGGUCUCACCCUAGCAGAACUGAUUCAAGAACAUCACAACUUUUGAAGUCGAUUGGCACAGAUCAAGACCAAGAUUUGGCCCUUUGUCUGUAAUAAGUAGAGAAGCUUGGUGUGAGUUAACUCCCCCUGCCCCAGCCAAUGGUGUCUGGAGCUUCCAUCAUCAGUGGAAGAACUAGAGAAUUUCAGGAUUUCUUUUCUUGAUUUGGUAAGGGAGAUGUGGUCAGUUAGGGGGACUACUAGAAUUAUGGCUCCAAAUCUGAAUCUAACAUGGAGGUGUAUAUUGGAGGGUAAAUGAACAUUCCUUGAUACCCCAUAUGAUUAUUUUUGAAAACUUGUUUACUUUGAAAGAUUGAAAUGAAACAAAUUUAGAAUAAAUAGUGUAGUUGCCAUAUUUGAGAUCUUGGAAUCUUCUACUUUUUCUGGACCCAGAAGUUAAAUUAUGGUUCUUGACAAUAUCUGUAUGCCCUUUGGUAUAGUGACAAUAGCCUUGUAUCACAGAGGUUGUCUUGCUUAAAAGAUGGAUAAAAAAAUAAGGAAUGCAUAAUUAUCACCAACACAGCAGUCUACCACAUAGAUUGCUUCUUGUUCUAUUAUAGCUAUUAAAUAGAGCCCUACAAGUAUAGUCAUAAUAGACUCCUGGGUAAUACUACAUGGGAUAUAUUUCAUCCAGUCUGACAUGGCUUUGUUCUUUUCUUUCUUUUUCUUCUGGAAUACAGGACAGGACCAGGGCCUUUGCACUCGGAGCCAAGCUGUUCUCCAGGCAUUGUGUAAGCCUCUUGUGUUGUGCUCUCUUUCAGGUAGGAUAAUUGUGGACUGAACCCUCGGGCUGCGGUCAUAUAUGAGAACUUGCUCCGCGCGGUCCCCUUUGCCGGGAUGUUUCCAUUGCUUCAUGUUUCAGUAAACAAAGGAGUUUGUGACCAACUAUGUUUUCUUUCUUAAUUUAAUGCUUCUAAGUUGACUUUUCUUUCCUCCUGAUAUGAAUCUCUGUAGCCUUUCAGUCUCUUAUAUUCUCAGCCUCUGAGCAGCCCUAGGGUAAGGAUUAUGCUGGCAUCCCCUUUUUCCUGUACAGUGGAACCCCUCUUGAUCUCGCUUUCCUUAGGAGUUGAACCCUUCUCCCUACCUGCAACAUCUUACCCUUUAAAAUGACCAUGUAGUGGCAAGCAACCUUUUACUCUUCUCUGUUAGCUCUGGACUCUAACAUUGAAGCUAAUCCUGUGAAACUGCUAGGACCACUGGGGUGGGGGGCAGGGUGUUUUAUUUGUUUUGUUUUUUCGUCUGAACUGUGAUCGUGGUACAGCGUUAGCUGAAAUUUAGUCUUGUUUUACUCCACUCCCACUUUUUUUAAAAAAAUAUUUUGACAAAUAAAUGUUUCUAACAAGUA